AUGCUGACAUGCUUUCCGUCGAGGCUGCCAACGCAGUUUGGGAAGUUCCAGAGCCGCCAAAAGUCUGCUGCUAUCGCUGUCCACUGGCUGGUUGAGGGACAGGACGCCGAAACGGUGAUUGGCCUCAUCAGCAUCAACAACCUGGCUCUCAACACCAAAAAGCUCAUUUUGGACUUCAGGAAGAAAGGUGGCACAAAAGCCUGCAUCCAUAUCAACGGGACGGAGGUUGAGCGUGUCACCAGCUUCAAGUUCCUGGGUGUCCAGAUCUCUGAGGACCUCUCUUGGACCCUCAACACCUCAACCCUGGUCAAGAAGGCACACCAGUGUCUCUUCUGCCUGAGGAGAAUGAAGAAGGCCCAUCUGUCUCCUCAGAUUCUAGUAAAUGUCUACCACUGCACCAUCGAGAGCAUCCUCACCAGCUGCAUCUCAGUGUGGUGCAACCCAACAGGCACCAAACGGACUUGGCAGCAGCUAAAGAUGAAAUAUAAAAAUGUAGUUCAAACAGCCAACAGAAAAAAGGCUGAGGCCCGCAAAACAGGUGGCGGUCCACCACCACCACCUCUCACAGAGGCUGAAAAGAUGGCCCUCAGUCAGAACAGUGGACGACCCAUUGCUGAGGGCAUCUCUGGGGGGAGUUCAUCGGACCCACCCACGCCCCAGGUCACAGGGGCCUACAUAAGAGUUACUGAUGGUGUAAUCUGUCUCGUUGAGCCUUCUGCCAUAACAGACCUCCAUGCUGUUGAGGAUGAUGAAGAAACCUUAUCAGCUGCCACAGAGAGGGAAGAUGCAGAGAGGCCUGCUGAAAGCCAUGCUGGAAAUUACAAUGGGGAAGAAGGUCCAUCAACCUCCACAGCACAGCUUACCUCACUCCCUGUGAAACAACUUUACAAGGUAUAUUUAGAAUCUCAAAUAAACAAAUCACACCUAGAAAUGGAGCACAUAAGGCUGCAGAUCACCAAAACAGAAAAGGAAAUACAACUGCUGGACCAUCAGUUAAAGGAAAUAAAGAAGACCUCAUAA